AGGAAACGUCGAAGCUCAACACUAAAUAUUUCGUUACGUUAGAGUACAGCUAAGCUGGUGAAUUGCUUUUGUUACGAAACCCAUCUUUUACUUAGCAUACAAUAUUUGCGUGAUGGUUUUGGUAAAUUAUGUUCCGGGUAAUUGUUUUUUUAACAGUCCUCGGAAUCUUUCACUGAAUCCAAACUAGUACGGUAAGCUAAUGUGCUAACGUUGGCAUCACAAGUGACCCCACAGCUCGUUUAGCAGUAGCUUUGGUGUCAUGGAAAUAACCAAACGGUAAAUGCAGACUACAUAUUUAUGUCUACAACGCGUUUAACUACGUUGGAAACCAAGUUAAAGGAAUUAGCACAUCCACCGUGGAGACACCGGCGUUAGCUUUAGCCAACAAAUGCCACCGUGCUGCAGGUUUUGAGGUGCCACUUGAAAGUUUCUUCAUAUUCAGCAGACUUGAAGGAAAACUGUUCAGCCCAGUUAUCAGAUAUUAUUAGCACAAUGGCCGAGACUAUAAUAACGUUUCAGUCCCAACUUUCUGGUGUCAUGGAAACAGUCUUCAAGGCUGCCAUGUAUGAGAUCACCCGGCUGGUGGAGGAUAGCUUUUUGGAAGAAGUAACGCGGUGCAGGGAGCAGGUGGAUUCACUGAAGAGGCGGCUCAAGUGGUCGGAGAGUCGACGCAAAGAAAGAGAGGGAGACCGAAGGGGGAGAUGCAUCGACUGCGGAAGAGUCGGGAUGUCUGAUGAGGAUAAAUCCAGAGCGACCGAGAAACAUCUGAAACAGGAGUGUGUGCUGCAGGAAGAGAUGCAUAGUUCCCAUGGCACUGACGGAGAAACAUCUAAUCAUGAAGCAGAAGAGGCAAAACCAGAAGGCCACAGUGCGAUGAAGGCUACACAGGCCUCAAAUGUACAAGGUGACAAGUUUGAUCGACUUCUCAAGGAAGAAGCUCUGCGGAUCACACCGGAAACCAAUGACACGCAAGGUUGGGGUGUCAGUUUAGAUGAAACAGAAGCAUCUGGGCUGCCAGGACCCAGUAAACGUUUCAGUGACCAGAAGAUCCCUAAGUGCCAUGUGAACUGGGAAACUGGCUUCCACCAGAGACCAGAAUCAAGCCAGGAUGGACACUCAGGUGACCCAUCUGAAGCUCUUUUCCAAAACCGGUAUGGCAUGGAGGACUUGGGCGGCUUUGACAAGAGUGGCUACGGAGACAGCAACAUGAUAGACAUGGGUAACUUUGAUGGGUUGCAAGGCUCACCGUCCCACCUGGGCGGGGAUCUUAAUUACGUGGGGCACUAUAAUGAGGAUGUGGAAGCACCAGAGGGAGCUGAGCAUCAAGCUUAUCAAACAGGUGUCCCACGGAAUAAAAGAGGUGCAGGCAGUUCACCUGCAGGUUCACCUUCCAGGACUAACAUCGAUGUAGGUGGAGAGUUCAGCUGUUUACUGAUUAAUGAGGAAGGGUACCUGCAGGAUCCAAAUGUUUUGUACCCCCAACAGGUGUCUGGUGAUUCCGGCAACAGACUGAGCUUUCGGGGUCAGGGCAUUCGUAUCGACCCGUCUCUGGACAGCACAGAGGGCAUGUAUGGACCCUCAGCCACAUACAGUGAUACCUUAAACUUGGGCGAGAGGUUGCAGCAUCAGGCAGCAGGGAGAGUGGGAAGGAGGCACACCUGUAACCAGUGCUCCAUGUCCUUCCCUGAUUCUGCUUCCCUCAAGGCCCACAAACAGAUACACAAAACCACCGGACAAGGGCCCCCAUACUCCUGCAACCAGUGUGGGAAAACCUUCACUCAAGCUUGUAACCUCAAAGUCCACCAGAGAAUUCACUCAGGACAGGGGCUCCACCUCUGCAGCCACUGCGGGAAAGGUUUCCCUUCCUUUUCGGACCUAAAGUCACACAAAUGUGGCCAAACGGGCGACAAACCUUACUGCUGCACCGUGUGUGGGAACAAGUUCAGCCGUCUCUGGAAUCUGAAGUUGCACCGGAGAAUUCACACGCAGGAAAAACCUCAUCGGUGCAACAUGUGCGACAAGAGCUUCACGAGGGCGGACAUAUUGAAGGUUCACCAGCGUACCCACACAGGGGAAAGACCGUACUGCUGCGCUGUUUGUGGCCUCAGCUUCAAACGUCUGGAUCAUCUCAAAUCACAUCAACGGAAACACAUGACGGAUCUUUAAUGUUACAGGGAAAGAGCAUCGGAGAAUUUGUUAUUGUUUGUGGGUUUAGGAGGUUUAAAAAUUAAUGUUGUUAUUUAUGAGCCACGGAUACAUUUUUGCCUUCUCAGUUGUUAUUUAAGAACUGUUUUUUGUUCAUAUAAAAAAAUGAAGACAAAGAAAGCACCAAAUAUCACAUUUGUCAUGUUUGAUUGAGCUAGUCUUGUUUGUAUCCAAUGACUGCUGCAUAUUUUUUACUUAUACAGUACUGGCUUUGGGUAAAUUUGAAAGAAAACAAAGCAACACUAUCCUUGUGAUUAAACAACUGAUUUAAAAUAAAGCUGGCUUUAGAAACUA